AACAAAAGAGAACUAAGAGACGAAAAAGCAACAAAAACACGGAAAGUCACAAAAAAAAGUGCGUAGCAAUUAAGAGUCAAUUAAUAAAAUUCGCCGUGUAUGCGCCUAUGACGAGUGCAGGCCAGAAAAUAUGGAUGAUGUCCCCGUCAAAAUAGUCGAACGCUAUAAACCACCACCCCCAGUAUACCAAUUGCCCCCGACUAUUGCGAAUCGUUUGGCCCAAUACAGAGACAACUACUAUGCGGAAGAGCAGGCAUUUCACUAUGACUACCAGCUGGAACGAAGUGUACUCACCAAGUGCCAGCACUGGCGUCGCAUGCGUCAGCAGCAGCAGCAGGCGCGUCAAAUGCGGCUGGAGCAGCGCAAACAGGAACGUCAACGUGCGCUUGAGGCUAAACAAAAGGAAAUGCUUGGCGCUGUUGAAUACCCCAGUGCAGCGGAGUUGUCCUCGGAUAGCGAUGAUGAUGAGUUAGCCAUGGAGUCGCCAACAGCAAAAACCGCAGCAGCAGCGGUCCCUAUAACAACGACCUCAACAACGUCAAUUAGCGACGCUGAGUCACGUGAGAAACUCAAACCAAAGUCGAUGAGCUCGUGUAAUUUCAAUAAUAUUCUGCAACCCACCAUACUGAGCAACGCCGCAACAGCAACUCCAGCUGUUACACACCAUAAACGCAACAGCUCAUUAAACUAUGCAGAUUUUGAGUACAAUAUGAACUCGACGCCAUUCGAUAAUAUUGAGAUGAAGACGAUCAAUGAUUUGGAUAUACUGGCGCAGGUGCUGCACCAGACACAAUUGACUCAAAAGCCACUUGCAUCAAACGAGGCGGAACAGAUAAGCGAGCCAGAGAAUAAAAACGAACAGCAGCAGAUGCAGCCGGAACUGGAGCUGGCUGUUACGACCCUGGCCGAAACCAAAGCGACGCUAGAUAGCGUCAAUUUCCAAGUACACUGUGAUGAUGCCCAAGGCAUUCCAGCCAUGUACCCAACUCCCUUGUAUAACACUCCUACUCAGCAAUCGCAACAGCAGCAACAACAACUCGUCUAUCCACACAUGGUCUACAAUCAGCACUAUUAUCCUCAGCAGCAACAGCAGCAGCGGCAAAUUUAUCCCAAUCACAAUUACUUGCAGCAUAGCUAUAUCAAUGGUUAUGGCACGCCCACUCAACUACCUCAAUCGGUGAUGCCUCCGGUUAACAAUAUUAGUAUGCUGUCACCGAACACAUCGGAAGCAGAUUUAAAAUCGAGGAGCGUGCCUGACAUACUACGAGAAUUAAAAACGGAGCUGCAGCAAGCGGAAAAGCGUCGCAUCCGUCUGUACAGCCACAAUGAGGAUGAACAGCAGGCCUUGGCAUUAACUCAGCCCCAACUGCCACAGCAACUGUCCAACAGCCAGCAGAACAAUGCCAACAUAUUCCAAGAGCUGACUGUGCCGGCACAGAAACUAGCGCAGCGCAUCAGCUCCAUGGGCUUCCCGCUCGAACGAGUGGCAAAGGUGGUGAGCCUGUGUGGCAUCGAUGAUAAAAAGAUAAUCGAGCACCUCAUUCCAUUGGGCGAGUUAAUGGAUCUCGGAUUCGAAGAAACAAAAAUCUCGGCGGCCCUUUUGAAAUUUAAUAACAAUAAGGACAAAGCAUUAGACUAUUUAAUUAAGUAGUUCAAUUCAAUUAAUUUGAUAUGAUGGCCGCCCCGGCGCUCCAAGCAGCUAGAGGUGCGGAUUCCAAUACAAGCAUCCCCACUAUAUA